AUGUCAAUCAAAACCAACUCCCGUCUCCCAGUGGGGAACAAAGACUUUACCAAUGCCACGGUCGUCAUUAUAGGGGCCGGAAUCUCUGGGAUGUGCAUGGCUAUUGAUCUGAUCAAGCACAACAAAUGCCGUAACUUCAUCAUCCUUGAGAAGAGCAGCAGUGUCGGUGGAACCUGGAGUGACAACAAAUACCCUGGCUGUUGCUGCGAUGUCUGGAGCUCACUGUACAGCUAUUCAUUUGAACAGAACCCGAACUGGUCGAGAGAAUAUCCUGGCCAGGAAGAGAUUCAUGCGUACCUCGUUCGCGUUGCGGAAAAAUACGGACUUUUCAAGCACAUUCGGUUCAACUCGACGGUCAAAUCAGCACGGUGGAAUGAAGACGAGUCUAAAUGGGAAGUGAGCGUGAAGGUGGAUGGGCAGAAAGAUAGCGAGUUCGCCAGCUCGUACGUGCUCAACACGGAAUUCCUUGUCUCGGCCGUCGGGCAGCUCAACUCGCCGCACGAACCGAACAUCCCGGGGUUGAAGAAAUUCCAGGGCAAAAUGAUGCAUUCUGCUCGAUGGGACUGGAGCUAUGACUUUUCUCACAAACGGGUUGCAAUCAUUGGAAACGGGGCAACUGCAGCCCAAAUUCUACCUGAAGUUGCUCAGGUUGCAUCCCAUGUGACGGUCUAUCAGCGGACACCGAACUGGGUUACUCCACGUCUGGACGCUCCAGUGUCUGCCUUUCAGCAAGCAUUGUUAACAUACCUCCCACCAAUCCGUUGGCGUAAACGUGCUCUUCAGAUGGACUUUCGAGAGCUCUUUUAUUCUGCCGUCACGAAUAAUGAUUCAGAUUUCGCUAAAAUGAUACGAGACGGGUGUACUAAUAUGAUGAAGACUCAUCUUCCUGACCAACCGGAGCUGUGGGAAAAGUUAACCCCCAACUAUGCUCCAGGCUGCAAGAGAGUUAUCAUUUCUGAUGACUACUAUCCAGCCCUCGCUCGUGACAAUGUCGACUUAGAGACACGACCGAUUACGCAAAUCACUCAGAAGGGCAUUGAAGUUGGCGCUGAGGAUUCACAGCAAUACGAUUUGAUCGUGUUGGCUACGGGCUUUAGGACGGUCGAAUUUAUGUACCCGAUUGAGGUCUACGGGAAAAAUGGCCGGCCCUUGGGAGAUAUAUGGAAGAACGGGGCUAUGGCAUACAAGGGAAUUACGGUGGAGGACUUGCCCAAUUUCGGCAUGUUUUAUGGCCCCAACACCAACCUGGGACACAAUUCCAUCAUUCUCAUGAUCGAAGCGCAGUCACGGUAUUUGAAUGCCAUAGUUGCCGAAGUGAUUCGGGCACGACAGCAGGGAAAGACUUUGACUUUCACGCCCAAACUUGAGGCCAUGAAGGAAUUUAACGACAAAAUCCAGGCAGUUUUGUCGAAGACCAGUUUCGCAGACCCGAACUGUAAUAGCUGGUACAAGAGGGAUGACGGAAUCAUCACGAAUAACUGGUCAGGGACAGUUCUCAAUUAUCAGCGAGAGCUUUCAGAGUUGCAUUGGCAGGACUAUAGUGUUGAAGGGACUGGAAAAGAUGCCAUCUUGGCUAAGAAGGACGCAAAACUGGGACGUGUGCGAGAGGAAACUAUUUUCAGUGAUUCUGCCUUGCUCUUAGGGAGCCUGGGUAUCGUGGCGGCGGGCGGAAGCUACUUCCUUGCUCCCCGAUGGCGACGGACACGUUGA